AUGUUCGCCAUAGUUUUUGUGACUGUUCUUGUUCUAAUUGCCACGAAAACGACAUCAUCUACAAAUAGAGAUCCGAUACCAUUUGGACCUGAACGAUUAAAUGACUUUUUCUUUGUUAAAAAUGGUACUGUAUUUCAUCAAUUUAACCAUGGUGCAUAUGGCGGUACACCAAAAAUUGUUGUUGAAUCCCAAUAUAAAUAUGUUGAACAAAUGGAAUCAUCGAUUCGUGAUUGGAUGAAUGGUGAAACAGGAUAUCGUCAAUGUAUAACAUUAGCAAAACAACGUUUAGCAGAAAUGAUGCAUAUUAAAAAUGCAUCUGAUACUGUAUUAGUUGAUAAUGCUAGUGAAGGAAUAAAUGAUAUUAUAAGAAAUUUAGAUCCACCAUUAGGACCAUCAGAUUAUAUUUUAGAUUUAUCUAUUGCUUAUGGUCCAUUUAAAGGUUUAUAUCAAUGGUUAAGU